AUGUGUAUCAUGACGAUAGCUCUGCAACUUGUUCUAUCGGUCAUUUUGUCCAUUCAUGCAUGUAACAUUGUCUCUUUGGCUGAGGCAUCCAGAAGUAACAUACAGACUCCAGCACUGACUUAUGAGCGCAAGUUGUUUGAACGUUUCAAGGAGCGAUACCAUAAGCGUUACACUGGUGUGUCGGAAGAAGAAUUCAGAUAUGAGGUGUUUAAAGAAAAUGUUCGACGAGCUAGAAUGCUAGACAGAUCCGGUCGGAUAGAGGCGGAGUUUGGUGUAACAAAGUUUUCUGAUCUAACAGUUCAGGAAUUUCGAUAUCACUACGCGAAUGCUUUACCUUCAUGGUCUUUCGAAUGGGCGAAUGGCGUCGCUGAUGUGCCCGAAGGUGGAAUUCAUUCUGAAGAAUUUGACUGGCGCACUCAUGGAGCCGUGACCAGAGUUAAAGAUCAAGGCCAAUGUGGGUCUUGUUGGGCUUUCUCCACCGUUGCCAACAUUGAAAGCCAAUGGUUUUUGCACAAAGGAGAGCUUCUGUCACUGAGUGAACAGCAAUUAGUCGACUGUGAUCGCACAGAUAGUGGGUGCAAUGGGGGCUGGAUGUCCAGCGCAUUCAGAUCGGUAAUGUCGAUGGGAGGAUUGGAAUCGGAUGCAACCUACUCGUACCAUCCCUGGAGAGGCAAAUGCCACAUGGAUCGGUAUCAAUUUGUCGCGUAUGUGAAUGGAACCAUAAACCUGCCAAGGAAUGAGAGAAAAUUAGCUGCUUGGCUAGAACAAAAAGGCCCAAUCAGCGUGGCAAUAAAUGCAGAUUUACUGCAGUUCUAUACUGGUGGUAUCCUAGACCCACUGGACCAGAACUGUCCGUCUUCUGGCAUUAAUCAUGCUGUCCUUUUGGUCGGCUUUGGCACCAGUAUACUUGAGACGCCUUUUUGGACUGUGAAGAAUAGCUGGGGGAAAGACUGGGGAGAAGAGGGCUAUUUCCGGAUACGGCGUGGCGUUGGUGCAUGUGGUAUCAAUAAGUAUGCCAUCACUUCUAUCGUGCACUGA